AUGUACAAAGACUUUGGAACUCUCGAUCUCCCAUCCCUAACUAACAAGCAUACUCACAAUCCCAGCCCCCUCAACCAGGUAACCCAUGCCAGCUCUUUAUUUCUAGCUUGGCCCCCAGAUGGUGCCAGAAAGAUCCCCUGGAUCUCAACAGAUCCAUUCGGUGGGGAUCCUUUCAAAGAAAGUGACCCAUUCCGUGGCUCCACCCCUGAUGACUUCUUUAAGAAGCAGACAAAGAGCGACCCGUUUACCUCAGACCUGUUCACGAAAAACCCUUCCUUACCAUCAAAGCUCGACCCCUUUGAAUCCAGCGAUCCUUUUUCAUCCUCCAGUGUCUCCUCAAAAGGAUCAGGUCCCUUCGGAGCCUUAGACCCCUUCGGAAGUGGGUCCUUCAAUAGUGCCGAGGGCUUUGCUGACUUCAGCCAGAUGUCCAAGUGCCUGGAGGGAGUCACCCUCCUAUGGGAACUGGGACGCUGAUGGUCUGGGAUCCGCCAGAAGGGGCCAGAGCCUGAGAUGUGCCUUCAUGUUUACGUGUCACUGUGUGGCUGUUACACACACUCCUCCAGUGGAGCUGUGUGUCCUUGGCUUAUGUCCCUGCUUUGUGGGCGGGAAACUGUCCCCUGAAAUGAAGAAACCUCUGCCACAUGGGGGCGGCAGCCUCCAGGGAAGGGGCUCACACUGUGUUCUCAAGCCAGCACAAGUGGGCCCUCUCCCUCAGAGUCAGGGGAAUGAGGGUGAGCAGUGCCCCCAAGGUGGGCCCAGGGGACGAGGACGGGGCAUGACCCGAGCCCUCUGCACCAGGGAGCGUGGGAGGCUGCGUGGAGUGGCCGCCUGCUGCAGGCAGCGCUCACCUGUGUCCCUGCUGGCGGCCCGAGCCAGGCCGUUCAGAGCCUGGCCCUUCCCUCUUGGCGCCCGUUCCAACCUAGAGUUGCGUUUUCCCUCUUUUAUUCCGCUUUUCCUCUCCUUGAUCUCGUGUCCUGGAUCAGGCCACACACACGUGCACUUGUGACUUUAAAGCCAGCGCCCCUUCCUGUUGGUGGCACUGGGCGGGACAGGGCUGGCUGGGGCCGUGGAAAGUUUGUCCGGCUGUCUGUUUGUUUCCACGAUCCCAUCAGCUCCUGAUCUCAUGCCACUUGCCCAGCUCAGUUCAGCGCCAUAACCUCGUAGGCCUCUGUUUUUCCCUUUUGGUUCCCUUUCUGUUUUUCAAGAAUAACAUUGUGUGUAUAAAUAAAAUGCCGA